AUGACAGGAAAACGACCAUCAAGUCCGGGCCUUAUCCCUAACCCGUUCAUCAAGAAACGAAAUCUAGAAUGGACGUUAGACUCAGUAUCGUCCACACAGCCACCCACGACCGCUGAUAUAGAGUCCGGUUCAGCUACUGUAGACGACCAUCUGACCCGUUUCAAGAACCAUCUCUCAAAGCAUAUAAUUUCUCCAGCCUCAUUAUUAAUAUCUGACUAUGCUUCACUAUAUACUGCCAACGCUGGAAGUCAGCAAGGUGCUCACUUUGUCAUCCAUCAACAUGACCAUCCUGUUGCAGGCACGCACUAUGACCUCCGCCUUCAGAUCAAUGAGACGAGCAGUGUCAGUUGGGCGAUCAUGUAUGGACUUCCGGGAGACCCAAACUCUACCCGAUUGAAUCGCAACGCGACUGAGACGCGGAUACAUUGCCUCUGGAACCAUCUUAUAGAGACAGCAUCAAACUCAACUGGCUCUCUUCUCAUAUGGGAUACCGGAACAUACAGUAUACUGCCUCGCAAAAGCAAGCACUCGCCAUCCGAAGAUCCAGCAUCACAGCCUUCUUCGCCCGUGUCAUCCCCUACAUCAACACCACAAGCUCUUCUACACGAAGUUUUCCAGAAUCGAAAGAUUCGUGUCCGUCUCCAUGGAUCUCGUUUACCCGAUCCUUAUGUCUUGAACCUUCGAUUGACCAAAUCAGAAGACGUAGCUGGCCGAGCGAGAAGUGGGAGAACACCUCGCAAACGAAGACGUCGUGGGAUGCAAGCCCAGACGCAACCUGAGACAAGCGACGAGGAUGAUAGCGAUGAUGAAAGUGAGGACGUUCCUGCAAAUGCUGACUCUGGCGUCAACACGGAGAACCUCUCAGCUAUGGAGCGUGAGAUACGCGAGCUUGAGGACGAAGAGGUUCGUAGGACGAAUUCGUAUCCAGGGGCAUCCAAUACCAUUGGCAGCGUACAUCAACGUCGAUGGUAUCUUUCUCUGGACCGCCAGGCCUGUGGUUUUGUUGAAAAGCGAACUAAGGGUCGCUCAUUCUGGGAACGAGGGGACUCUGCAGAAACCGAAAACGAAGAGGCUCAAAAUGGACGCUUGACAUAUUCAUUCUAUGUCCGCGGAUCAGACUACGAGCGUAGCGUUGUGACGGGCCGUAGAGGCGCCGACAUCCUCAAAGAUGAGGGAGUUGACCAAUUCGUUCAGCGCAAAGGCUGGAGGCCAGUAUUGAACUAA